AUGCAAAAUCCUGUUGUCAAAAAGCACCGUAAUAAACGAAAAACUUUCUGGUGUGCUCCUAGAAAAGUAAAAAGCAUACAUACCGCAGAGGAUGCCGACAAUUCACCGAUGAAGAAUGUAAAAUCAAAAAAAAAAUCUCGUAAAAAAAAACGAAAAAUUAUGAAAAAGCUGAGGCGAAUCGAUAUUCUAGCGCAGCCGAAAUUUGUAAAAGAUAAACCAGAACUUAAAAAUCGGUCUUCUAAUGUAAAUUCCAUUCCUUUAUAUCAUAAUUUUACAACCCUUCAGAUAAUACUAAUGAACAUUUGUGAUAGAUUAAGACCAAAAAAUUUUACAUUAAAUCCCACAUUAAAGGAUUCUUCUCCAAUCGUGUUACCCAAGAAUAUAGGUUUCUGGUUAAUGUCUUUAGUACAAAAGCGGAUUAAGAAAUUAACGAAUUCCGAAAAUCUAUGA